AUGGCCACAGCUCGCAAUAUUUACAAAGACGGCGUGAACUUCGCAUCUCUCGCACUCCAAUCCCCUGAUUUCGCUAAGUUCCUGAAACCAAAUAACCAAUUGGAUUUCACAGACCCCGACGCUGUUAGACAACUGACCGUGAGCCUUCUCAAACGAGACUUUGGUUUGAAGGUCGAAGUCCCAGAGGACCGACUGUGCCCACCAGUUCCGAACAGAUUGAACUAUGUCCUAUGGUUGCAGGAUCUCUUAGACACAACAGGAGAUGAAUAUCGAGAUGGCUAUGACCCCGACAGGGUUGUCACAGGCCUUGAUAUUGGAACAGGAUGUUGCAGCAUAUACCCUCUUCUAGGGGUUACAAUGAGACCUCGCUGGAAUUUCAUUGCGUCUGAUAUUGACAAUGAAAAUAUCAGAACCUCCAAACAUACAAUCAAAGCUAACAAGCUGGAAUCGCGAAUUCGGGCCGUUAAGACAAGCUCCAGUGAUGAUCUUGUUCCACUGGACACCGUUGGUGUUGAAAGGCUCGACUUUACGAUGUGCAACCCCCCAUUCUACUCUUCUCAAGACGAGAUGCUAGCUUCUGCUGAGGAGAAAGAGAGGCCUCCAUUCUCAGCAUGCACCGGCGCGGAGAUCGAAAUGGUAACCCCUGGAGGGGAAAUAUCUCAUGUAAUCCGAAUGAUCACGGAGAGUAUCCAGCUCAAAGAACGAGUCCUCUGGUAUACAUCAAUGCUUGGGAAGCUUAGCAGCGUUUCCAUGAUAGUUGAAAAACUCAUAGAAUUGGGGAACCAUAACUACGCCGUGACGGAAUUUGUUCAGGGAAAUAAAACCAAGCGGUGGGCAAUCGCUUGGUCAUGGACAGAUCUCCGCCCCACUGUGAGCGUCGCGCGCGGCAUACCCGGUUUUCCUAAACAUCUUCUCCCUUUCCCAUCAGAAUACACCUUUGAGCUGCCCGAUAGCUCCAUCGACAAUGUAGGCAGAAUUGCAGAUACGGAACUAUCAUCCCUUCAUGUCCACUGGGUGUGGCGCAAAAACCUAGCAAUGGGCGUCGGGUUCGCUCCAGAAAACGUCUGGUCUCGCCAAUACAGGCGGAAGAUGAAGAUUUCCAACUCGGAGGAAAAGCCAGAGGUUGAUGAGGGUAAGGCGGCGCUUGGAUUCAAGAUUCAAUUGAGGAUGGAUCCGGUUGAGGAUAAGCUUGUCCGAGUCGUAGUUCGAUGGCUCAAGGGGACAGAUUCCGUGCUAUUUGAGAGCUUCUGUGGGAUGAUUAAGAGGAAAUUGGAGGGGCGAUAG